AUGAGGAUGCAGUUCGCCAACUACGGGAAGGUGAACGUGGGGGAUGAACGCUGCGAGAGGUGUAAAGACCUCAUGUUCAACCCCAAGCGUAACGGCCGGGACGGGAACCCCGGGAUUAUACUGCAGUGUCGUCAAGGUUCACCGUACGGGAAAUGUUGUCACUGUACGAUAUCUGGCGACGACUGCUCGAACAAGCUCGAGAGGAACGACGUCGAGACUGUCAGGCCUGGUGGGAAGGGACGAUGGCAGCAGGUAUCGCACGGCGCUGCGUCACUGCUCGGGGAGCUGCAAGAAGAGCUCAAACGACUCGACCCCGAGGAUCCUGAAGAUGUCAUUUCCUUCAGUAAAGGCCAGCUCGAGGCCAUCUGCGACAGGAUCGAAAGGCUCCGCGAUCAGGCCGAUACAGGUGCUAUUGCUGCUACUCCCUUGCUGAUGCAAGAGUAUACGGAGUCGCACGAGGACCACGGCGAGAUCAGGAACCCAGAUGGUUCGUUAGCGAAGUUGUACAAGGGGGAAUAG